UGAUGAAUAUCUCAAGCUGACUACCGUGUUACACCAUGAUGAAACACGAACAAGCAAACUGCGCAGGAAUGCGCAAGAUAGAAUAUCCGCCAAUUGCCACGUGGCAAUCUACACCAAUUGUAACCUUCACCAUAAACAUCGCAUACAGAACGACUUGGAUAUAUAAAUAACGGGAUAACCUUCUGCUUUUAAAAAUCUGAUAUUUUCUCCUUUGCUUCUCUUAACACAUUCUACCUUGUCAUCCGUUCUUUAUCUUCUUGUCGGCACUUUCCCAAAUAACAGAAACCAGAAAAGAUUAUAGACCAAGAUGGAUAGUCUUACGCUCACUAGGUUAUUGAAACACGUCGCCGGAGACUUCCCUCAUGGGAGAGCGGUGUCAGUUUCGGGCAAGUUUGAUUUGACGCACUCUCAACUCCACGAACUGGUUGAACGGGCCGCUUCUCGUCUUGUUUCAGCAGGGAUUAAUCCAGGCGAUGUUGUUGCGCUAACUUUUCCUAAUACUAUCGAGUUUGUAAGUAUGUUUUUGGCCGUAAUCCGAGCCCGAGCCACCGCUGCGCCACUUAAUUCAGUCUACACCACGGAGGAGUUCGAGUUCUACCUAUCGGACUCUGAGUCAAAGCUUUUACUGACCCCGCAGGAAGGGAACGCCUCCGCUGAAGCAGCGGCUUCCAAGCUUAACAUUCGUCACGCGACCGUUUCACUGCCCGGAGCCGAUUCUGAAUUGGUGUUCUCACUCCCGGAGUCAGACGUUAUCUCUCUCGCUGGCCUUGCCAACGAGCCAAACGACGUCGCACUCUUUCUUCACACCUCUGGAACUACGAGCAGACCCAAAGGAGUGCCAUUGACACAACUCAAUUUGGCGUCUUCUGUGAGAAAUAUAAUGGCAGUCUAUAAACUCACCGACUCAGACUCCACCGUCAUAGUCCUGCCGUUGUUUCACGUUCAUGGAUUGGUAGCCGGAUUACUGAGUUCACUUGGAUCAGGAGCCGCCGUGGCUCUCCCAGCCGCUGGCCGAUUCUCAGCAUCAACAUUUUGGAAAGAUAUGCUCAAAUACAAGGCUACGUGGUACACGGCGGUCCCCACCAUCCAUCAAAUUAUACUGGAUCGACACUUUAGUAAUCCAGAAGCAGUUUACCCGAAGCUCCGGUUCAUCCGGAGCUGUAGUGCAUCCCUUGCACCGGUUGUAUUAGCUAGGCUAGAGGAGACUUUCUGUGCGCCGGUAUUGGAGGCGUAUGCAAUGACGGAGGCAACUCAUUUGAUGUCAUCGAACCCGUUACCGGAAGAUGGCCCGCAUAAGUCCGGGUCGGUGGGGAAACCAGUGGGUCAAGAAAUGGCGAUAUUGGAUGAAAAUGGCGAGGCUCAAGGGGCAAAUAAAAGUGGAGAGGUUUGCAUCAGAGGUCCAAACGUAACUAAGGGGUAUAAAAAUAAUACUGAGGCAAACAAGGUGGCAUUUCAAUUCGGGUGGUUUCAUACUGGAGAUCUGGGUUAUCUUGAUUCGGAUGGCUACUUGCAUCUGGUGGGUAGGAUUAAGGAGCUUAUUAACCGUGGAGGGGAGAAGAUAUCGCCAGUAGAAGUGGAUGUAAUUCUUCUAUCUCAUACAGACAUCGCUGAAGCUGUUGCUUUUGGAGUUCCCGAUGAUAAAUAUGGUGAAGAGAUAAAUUGUGCAAUAAUUCCUACAGAGGGAUCAAACAUUGACGAAGCAGAGGUUCUGAGGUAUUGCAAGGAGAAUAUGGCAGCUUUCAAGGUCCCCAAAAAGGUCUUCAUCACCGACUCUCUGCCGAAAACUGCCAGUGGAAAAGUCCAACGACGAAUUGUAGCUGAGCACUUCCUUGCUCAAAUUUCAACCGCUAAACUUCCCAAGUUCGGAGCUUAAAACCAACUGCUAUUCAUCUGCCUUUGUACAGGGGUGUAAAAAAAAACCUAUGUAUCCUGGGUCUUAGUAUGUAUAGCAUAUAUGAAUUAUACUUGGUAGAGAAAAGAAAAUGAUGUUACCUUCUUA